GGAACAGAAAGUCAAAAUUACAGCACUGAUUUUGCAAACGAGCUUCAUUUCAUAAAAGUGUUGGUCAAUCAAAAGGAUUCGGUGUCAGUCAGAGCCACAGACUACGAGGAAAGGUAAAUGGAUACCCACGGCGUCAAGCGAGCUGCGGAACGUAAGAACUUUUAUGCAUUUGCAGCUGUGCAAUUCUCCAUCUGCUGUGCCAUUGAUAUUCACAAAUUUGUUUGCAAAUUGGCAGCCAACGCAUACGAGCAUCUGGCCAAGCGGGUGUAUCGCCCCAGUCCCACAGCUGCCAGAGGCGAGCAAGAAGAUACUACAAAGCCCGAGGCUAUGCCCAAUAUGGAACCCGGACCCAGUGCAGCGGCCACAACCGAAUUUCUAACCGAGGUGCUAGGCGCGCUGUAUGGCGACACCACCGGUCAUCCCGAAAACGGCAGCUUCAGCUACUUUAAGGCAGCUGAGAACUAUGCGCUCGCCAGCGCUAAUGAUGGCCAUUCAAAGUCGCAUGUGCCCACCGCUUCAUAUGCUACUGUUGCAGCUAAAGCGCAGCCAGCGCCCCCCGGAUUUGAGCGUUCUGCCAAAGCGUUAUACGAGCGGCGCCAGGCGUCUUCUGCUAGCUCCUCCACUGCUAAGCCCAGCGCCCGUACGGGCAGCGCCACCGCCACGUAUAAGCCGCAAACUAAGCAGCAAUGUCUAAACGCAGGCGGCGAUGCCAGCGGCUGUGGAGGAAGUCAGCGCCAGCAUGGCAAUGCCAGCAUGAACGAUCUGUCACAGAUGUAUUUGCAACUGCUGCAGCAAUCACUGCCACACCAGCAGUUACAACAGCAACAGCAUAAUCUGAGCAUGUACAACAACGAUAUUGCCAAUGUGUAUGCCCAGUUGCUGGCGGUGAAUCUUCGUCAGAAUCAUCAACAGCAGCAGCAGCAGCAGCAGACAACGAACACCGCAGCUGCUGCUGCUAUACUCUAUGAAGCCAUGUUGCAGCAACGUGCGCGCGCAUUGCAACAGCAGCAGCAGCAACAGCAUCAGCAGUUGCAACAGCAACAACAGCAGCAGCAACAGCAGCAGGCGCGCAACACCCCUCGGGGCAUUUACGGCAACAACUUUGCUUCAUCGUCUCUCAGCAAGACUCCAACGCCAGAGAACAAGCCCAACUAAAGAUGAAGCAUCAGUCCCACAGUU